AUUAAUGUCAAAACACUGUAAAACAAGUCAACAUGGAUGAAACUAUACAAACUGAAAGAACAAACCAACGGGAUGAAACUAUACAAAUUGAACCGAACAAGUCAACAGGGACAAAACGGGAAUCAAAGGUUUAAUGGCAAAGGUAUUCAAAACAAUUCAUAGGUAGUAGUGUCGUUACGUUAUACGUAUAUGAACAUAAUUAGUGAAAUAAAUUGGUUCAACUUUGAUAAAAUUGACAUGCCAACAUGAAAUUAUUAUUACACAUUGAUUAGCAAGAAAUUGAUACGUACAAAACUAAAUUAUUAUUGCACCUAUAAGAUUGAUUAGAAAAAAAAACUGAUACGUACAAAAUUAAUUAGCAACUACUAAAAGAUAUAUGAAACUACACAAGAAACAAAAAUAAAAUAAAUAAUACAUAAAUAGGGAAUAGAAAGGAAGCAAAUAUGGAUUUGAUGAAGUUGGCUGAUGUAAUGAAGCCAAAUAGGACAACUACUGAUGAACUAAACUAUCUGAACUAAGCAAUACCCCAUAAACGACAACUAAAUCAAAAUUUUGAAAUAAGGAAGAAGAGAGAGUGAGGAAGAAAUGAUACCAGAAAUUUUCCAUGCUUUUCUCUCAGUUGAGUUUAUAUAACCACCUAUUAACGUGCCCUCAUCUCAACCCCAGUGGCGGAGCCAGGUAUUUAACAAUGGGUGUCCAAAAAUAACAACUUGUUAUGUUAAGGGUGUGCAAAAUAUGUUAUUUAAUCAUUUCAUACAUCAUUUUACUUAUAUAUAUAUAUGAUAUUUUUUUUGACUAAGGGUGUCCAAAAUAUGUUACCACUGUGUGGCUACGCCACUGCUCAACCCUCGCCCUUCACUAACCAGCUUCUAAUCUUGACCCUUCAUUUCGUAGUUUUGUUAUUCUUACGUCUUUCAUUUUGAACCUAACCUUCAACAUUUCUAGCAAUUGAGGAUCAUUCCCACUUGUCUUGUUGCACAUCCUUGUUCACUUCUUUCUUGCUUAGCCUUGUCGAAGGCGUGAAUGCUUCUUCUCCUCCACCAAGGUGAAGGUUUUGCCUCUUCGAUUCCGCCAUUUUUCCAAUUAGGAUGCCAAGUUAAAUUAGGAACAAAAUUGUACUUUGUUCAAUGACUAUUUACGGAAAUUAUUAUGUUUCUCUUAUAAUUUAUACCAAGAUUAAACUAGCAAAAAAAAAAGGGGGGGCGUUGAGAUUGUCUAUCUGUGCACGUAAUUUGAAAAGGCCGAUCACAUUUUUAUUGGGCCUCCACCUAAGAGAGAAAUGGGCCCAUUAUGAAACAAGCCUCCAACUAGUUUGUAGAGGAGGCAUACCCGGAGAAUAUGACACGCAGCACAGAGAAACAAGGGUCUAAUUUUUAUGUUUCUAAAUUUUCUAGAUUGGAAGUCUUUCGAGAUAAAGAGAAAUAAGUUUGAUGUAAUGGAGAUUCAUCAUUCACAUUUAUCAUCAGCUAGUUUGGAAGAUGCACAGGAUUAUGAUAUUUCUGGUUUACAAAGUGAAGAAAUAUCUGCAAAACAGGACGAUCAAGUAAAAUCGUCAGCCAAUGUGGCUUCAAGAAAACACGACAAUUUCCUUAGUUUAUUUUCUCUUAGAGAUAUCAAUUCUUGCAUUCUAAUUUCGGAGAACAAAAGAGUAAUUUGUUCUGUCAUGAUUUCGUUAUUAGUUGUCCUGUCUUAUGCCCAUAUCCCACUUAGUAUAGCAAGAUCAAAUAGCUUUGUUGCCUCAAGGCCACUUUACAUAUUGUUGCUAACGGAUUUUACAAUAGUGAUUGCACGAAUAGUUCGCAAGGAAGUAAUUCCUGAUGAAGAAAGAGCCAAAGACACAGAACGAGUGAAGGAUUUUGGACAAAAUUUGGAUGGAGCUCUAUCCAUAUUGGAGUAUGGUUUGGUUCUGUAUCAGACAAUUCGUGCAAUCUUCAUUGACUGCAGUUUCUAUUUGGUCAUUGUAAUAUGUGGUCUGUCUCUAGUAUAGUAAACAUACAAAGAAGUCAAUUCAUAUCAUAUAUAAACAAUGUAAUUUUUCUCUAACGGAGAUUCAGAUGAACCCUUGGCUCUAUACCUAGCUCCCUCACUGGCUCGCAUCUUGCCUUGUGAGUAUAUGACAUUUCUGAGGUAGUGUUCAGAGGCGGUUUAUAAAUUCAGUUGAAUUCAAUAGUUUUGGAUAGUAUCUUAUAUA